AUGUUCUGCUAUGUCGGCGUUAGUACGAACGUGAUAGAUCUCCGAGUUGUUCAAGGAUAUUUACCAGAUAUUACCUGUCCGGAUAUUGAGUAUCAAGAAUUUCUUGAACAGAUUUCUGAAGCCCUUAGUGCACGCUUUCACAAUCAAGGCUGUAUUGUCGAUAAACGAAACCUGAUCGAAGUUGCACUAGGGGAUUCCGAUGCAAAGAUUGGAAGCGGAAUGGAAACUGAGAUGUCCCUUGGACGAUAUGGCCUAGAAACACGCAACGAAGAGCGGAUGUACUUGCGAAUUCUGUUCUGA